AUGACAUCUUUUUGGGACCCAAUAAAAAAAUUUAUUGGUUCCUAUAAGGCAUUUACAACAGGUGCAACCCUUAACAACGACGAUUUAAUAAACCAUGAAGUUGUAACAACAGUCAAGUUUGAGAAUAAUGGGGCUGUAACUCGCGUUAAGAGUGAUUGCAAAGUUAAAAGUGAACUGCAGCAGGAAGACGAGUUCACCUCAUAUUUCAUUAAUCAGCCUCUUCUGUUGUACGAUGAAUGUAUGGAAGACAAAAGUAACGUCCUUAACGUACGAGUAAGUGAGUUUCCUGCAGACCAUGAUACUGAUUUCCAUUGUUUCCAAUGUGACUAUGUGUCAAGUAUCAAAAGCAAUCUCAGAAAGCACAUCUUAAGGCACAGAACUCUGAGAAACUUAAAAUGUGACCAUUGCGAUUAUGUAACGAAUGAUAAGGAUAAUUUGAGACAGCAUGUCAGGAGACACAAUGAUAAAAAGGAGUACAGAUGUUCCCUUUGCAGUUAUGCCACAAAUGCCAAACACUCGUACAAUCGACAUCUCUUAAAACAUAACGCUCUGAAAGACAUUAAAUGUGACCAGUGCGAUUAUUGCACACAUACAAAGGACAACUUAAAGCAACACUUACUAAUUCACUACAACGAGAAGAAAUUUAAAUGCGACCAGUGCACUUUCGAAACUCACAUUAAAAAGUACCUGAAACGACACGCCCUCAAUCACAAACCAACCACAGACUUUAAUUGCUCCUACUGCCCCUACGCCACAAACGUCAAAAGAAAUCUCAUAAAGCACAUCUUAAGGCACAUAACGCCGAGAAAUUUAAAAUGUGACCAUUGCAAUUAUGUAACGAACGAUAAGGACAACUUGAGACACCACGUUAGGACGCACAACGAUAAAAAAGAUUACACGUGUUCCAUAUGCGGUUACGCCACAAAUGCCAAAAACUCCUACACUCGACAUCUCUUAAAACACAGCGCUCUGAAAAACAUCAAAUGUGACCAGUGCGCCUAUGCUACACAUUCCAUGGCAAACUUAAACCAACACCUACGAACGCACCAAAACGAGAAGAAAUUUAAAUGUGACCACUGCGCUUUCGAAACUCACGUUGAAAUGUACCUGAAACGACACGCUCUCAAUCACAAAUCGACCACGGACUUUAAAUGCUCGUACUGUCCAUAUGCCACAAACGUAAAAAAAAACUUCAACAAGCACUUCUCGAACCACAGAAAGGAGAGCUCUGUGACUGCACGACGAGCUUCUGCAAAAACGAGCAACACGGGAGAUUGCCCUAAACGUAAAUGUGGAAUAGUGAAAAUGUCAACUGUCACAAUCAGUGGAUUUGUUGAAGUUGAGCCAAAACGAGAGGAAGAAGAAGAAAGUGCAACCGUUAACGGCGACGUUUUAAUAAAGCACGAGGUUGCGACUGAGGAUAAUGGGAGUGCGAGUGGCAUCAAGAGUGAGCUCAAAGUUAAAAGGGAAACACAGCAGCAGGAAGGCGAAGUCGCCUCGUAUUUUAUUAAGCCUCUUUUGUUGUAUGAUGAAUGUAUGGAAGACAAAAGUAAUGUUCUUAACGUAGGGGUAAAUGAGUCUCUGCACACUGAUUUCCGGUGUUUUCAAUGUGAUUAUACAUCAAGUAUGAAAAAAAAUCUCAGGAAGCACAUCUUAAGGCACAUAACGCCGAGAAAUUUAAAAUGUGACCAUUGCAAUUAUUUAACGAACGACAAGGACAAUUUGAGACAGCACGUCAGGACGCACAACGCUAAAAAAGAAUACACAUGUUCCAUUUGUAGUUACGCCACAAAUGCCAAGCACUCCUACAGUCGACACCUCUUAAAACACAACGCUCUGAAAGACUUAAAAUGUGACCGGUGCGCUUACGCCACGCAUUCAAAGGGCAACUUAAAGCAACACCUACUAACUCACCGAAAUGAGAAGAGAUUUAAAUGUGACCAGUGCACUUUCGAAACUCACGUCGAAAUGUACCUGAAACGACACGCCCUCAAUCACAAACUAACCACUGACUUUAAGUGCUCGUACUGUCCCUACGCCACAAAUGUAAAAAAAAACUUCAAGAAGCACUUCUCGAAGCACACAAGAGAAAACUUAAAAUGUGAACACUGCGACUACACUACGAGCGUUCGCGAGAAUCUGAAGCAACACCUGCUGACUCACAGGGCGCUGAAGGACUUCGAGUGCGUGCACUGCGAGUUUCGAACGAACACCUUGAAGUACUUAAAGCAGCAUCUCGCGACGCACAAGAACUCGAAGGAGUUUAAGUGUUUCGGUUGCGAGUACAAGACUAGUGUAAAGGGACGUUUAAAGCGGCAUCUUUUAAGUCACCGAAUUUCCGCUGUGAAUGGGGUAGUUCCCAUAAAUUAAGUGCUUGAAAUUUAUAGCUAUCUAUUUUAUUUAAAUUUUGAUAUGUAUAUUAAAAUAAAU